AGAGCCAUAGGGAUCCUUUGAGGAGAGCCAUUGUCCUUUGCCCAACUUCUGGUUCGUUGGUGGUUAUGGCCGGGGGAAGGAGGGGGCCUAACCGGACAUCCUACUGCCGCAAUCCUCUCUGUGAAACUGGAGCUGCAGGGAACGCUGGCCAUUCCACCAGCUCCUCAGUCACUAGCGUACGUUCCCGUACCAGGAGCGGUUCAGGGACAGGCCUUUCCAGUCCACCGUUGGCGACUCAAACAGUGAUUCCCCUCCGACACUGCAAGAUCCCUGAGCUGCCUGUGGAGAGGAGCAUCUUGUUCGAACUCCAGCUCUUUUUCUGCCACUUAAUUGCUCUCUUUGUCCAUUACAUCAAUAUCUACAAAACAGUGUGGUGGUACCCACCGUCUCACCCUCCAUCCCAUACCUCAUUGAAUUUUCAUCUCAUUGACUUCAAUGUCCUGGCGGUGACUACUAUCGUUCUGGCACGGAGGUUGAUUGGUGCUAUCGUAAAGGAGGCUUCUCAUACUGGCAAAGUCUCCCUGCCGCGCUCCAUUUUCCUUGUGGUCACUCGCUUUGCUGUCCUUACUGGCACAGGCUGGAGUUUGUGCCGAUCCAUAAUACAUCUCUUCCGGACCCAUUCGCUGCUCAACCUCUUGUUCUUGUGUUACCCGUUUGGCAUGUACGUCCCUUUCCUGCAGCUGAACUGUGACUUCCGCAAGACAGGCCUCUUCUCCCACGUUGCCAGCAUUGGCCCCCGCGACACGGGGGAUGCCAGCUCAAAGGGCAAGGACUACCUGUCUGUCCUCAAGGAGACCUGGAAGCAGCAUACCCGGCAGAUGUACAGCACAGAGGCCAUGCCCACCCACGCUUGCUGCCUCUCCCCAGACUUGAUCCGCAACGAGGUGGAGUACCUGAAGAUGGACUUCAAUUGGCGCAUGAAGGAGGUGCUGGUGAGCUCCAUGCUCAGUGCCUACUACGUGGCAUUUGUUCCCGUCUGGUUUGUGAAGAGCACACAGUAUUACGACAAGCGGUGGUCGUGUGAGCUGUUCCUCUUGGUCUCCAUCAGCACCUCUGUCAUCCUCAUGCAGCAUCUGCUGCCAGCUCGUUACUGCGACCUCCUCCACAAGGCUGCGGCGCAUCUUGGCUGCUGGCAGAAGGUUGAUCCAGCACUUUGCUCCAAUGUGCUCCAGCACCAGUGGACCGAAGAGUGCACGUGGCCCCAGGGGGUGCUGGUGAAACACAGCAAAAACGUCUACAAAGCGGUGGGCCAUUACAAUGUGGCAGUGCCUUCUGACGUCUCCCACUUCCGCUUCCACUUCUUUUUCAGCAAACCCCUGAGGAUCUUGAACAUCCUGAUUCUCCUGGAAGGGGCGGUCAUCUUCUACCAGCUCUACUCGCUGAUCGCGUCCGAGAAGUGGCACCAGACCAUUUCCCUGGCCCUGAUCCUCUUCAGCAACUACUACGCCUUCUUCAAGCUCCUGCGGGACCGGCUGGUGCUGGGGAAGGCCUACUCGUAUUCCGCUAGCAGAGAGAGCGAUCAGAAGCUAAACUGAGCGCAUCGCACUUACUUUGGUAUAAACACAGCA